UCAAGUUAUUCUCUGCCGAUACGUAGUUGUAGGUACUUCUGAAUUGACGAAGUAUGUCCCCGUUGUGUAUGAAUUGGCGCGAGCACGACGCAUUUCUCCAUGCUAUGUGUGUCUACAGCAUUAAAUUAGCAGAUUAGUAACAACAGUUAACAAAUUAUGUGCUGUCUCGUCCCGUAUGGUUAAACAUCUGACACCAUGCUCCUGUCAAGGCGAACGCUGCUGUCAUCAUCACUAUAAAUGUCUUCUUGCAUUGUCGGCUGAUUGUCACUUUUCAUAACACCGAGGACAUUUUCGGCACUGAUGUUCGGCACUUACUAAGAUGGGCUUGCGUUGUCGAUGCCAGUCGAAGUGUGUGAUAUUAAACGGUUGGCAAAGCGCAAAAUGAUUUCUAUAGCAAACAAGAAUUUCCCAAAGUCGCAGGAAGAAUCCAAAGAGAAGUCGCAUAUGGCCGUGGUUGAAAAUCGAUAUUGUGACGCGACGAAGUAUCGUAAAAGUUUUCGGGGGAUUUUCGUUCACGUCGAAUCAACCGCUGCGAACGGUGCCUGGUAGAUCUUUCGCUGGAUCGAUGCCUGUAGAUUUUGAGAGGCUUUACGGCAUUUCGGUCCUGAGGAACGAGCCACGAGGGAAUUCGAAAAGAAGACUGCGAUGCUCGUCUGAGCGAUCAGCUUUAACACUUACACAGAAAACUACGAAAGAAAUAUCGCAUUACGACAAAAAUGAGUUUCUUCAACUCCCUGCAAGAAUACGUGACAAACAGUGUGGCCAGCUUCAGUCUGAGCCCAAAAAGAUUCUCGUUCAGCCGUGAGGAUUCGAAGGGCGAUAAUGGGACCGGAAGAAGCGGCUCCACCGGAAGCGUCACUUCGACGACCAAUACCAGCACUGCUUCUCAGCAAACCACGCCGCAUGGCUUUCCCAAGGUUGUGCCACCGCCAGGAACCGUCUCGUCGUCGCACACACGUUCACUCUCGGCACGUCGACGCACUCUGGAGUGCACUUCCUCUCCGGGAUUGACGGUGCAUCCUGCAACAGGAAGCGGUGCCACAUCGCCGAGGCGAGUUGGCUCCUUUCGUCGGAGUGCCGGAUCCAGCGAUCGACCGCCUCUUAUGUUCUGCCGUCGACGACCAUCCUGGCCGGAGUUCGACAUACAAGCUACUUCCGGUGUUCAAGAAACAGAUGGAUCCUUCUUUGAAAGCUUCACUGCGUUAUCUUGGAAACAAAAGAAUCGAAGACUUGUUGUUCGUCAGGAAGUGGAAGCUAGAGCCAAAGAACCGCCACCGCCGUCCAGAGAGUCAACUUCAUCUUCGCAAUCGUAUCGACUUAGUAAAAAAGAGAUAGAGCAAUUAUACAUAGAAGUUCUUUACACGAUUGCGAACACGGUAGGCGCCAGUACUGGACAAUACGCGCAUUACAAGGAGGAUCUAUAUCGAUACGCCCAGGAAGCCUUCGGAGUCCCGCCGGAUCAACAUCGCCGAUAUCUCAAUAUCGCCUCAGAAGAAAAGCCACCUAUCGUUGUGUUAAGCGUAGUGGUGAUUGAAGCCGAUGGACUCGAGGCAAAGGACGUCAAUGGAUUUAGCGACCCUUAUUGCAUGUUGGGAAUACAGCCCGGCAACGCAGGUGCGCCGUUGAGUCCGCAAACGAAUUUAACGGCGCAUUCACCGCACACACCCCCAGCAUCCCCGAGACAAACAACUCGCGCCCUGUCCGACGGCGGUGAGAACGAGAACUCGCACCACGAGAAGCUUCGAAAGCACCAUAGUUUCAGGCUUUCGUUUAAGCGCAAGGAGCACAGCAGACGGGAACACCGCGAAUCCUUGAGCGGUGCUUUACCUGCGAAGUUUAUACGAGCUACCUCCGUGAAGCCGCACACUCUGAGCCCGCGAUGGAACGAGAAGUUCCGUUUCGACAUCGACGACGUCAGCACGGACAUUCUCCAUCUGGAUAUAUGGGACCACGACGACGAGUCCUCGGUGUUCGACGCGGUAAUCAAACUCAAUGAAGUGAGAGGCGUGAAAGGACUCGGACGAUUUUUCAAACAAAUCGCGCAAAGUGCUAGAACUGGAAGUCAAGAUGACUUUCUAGGUUGUGUGAACAUUCCUCUAGUGGAUAUUCCGAGCACUGGAGUAGAUCAGUGGUACAAACUUGAGGCACGGACACAAAGGAGUAAUAUCCAAGGUAGAAUCAGACUGAAAUUAUGGUUGUCGACGAGGGAGGACCGUGGAACAUCCGAGGAAGAUAAUUGGGGUGAACUAAGGCAACAGGAAAGGCUGUACACAGUUUUCCUUAAUCAUGAAAUGAACAAACAAGGGGAAGACUUCAUUGGAGAAUUACCGCAAACCGCACUGACAAUCCUACACCAACACGCGGUGCAAGGUGAUGUCACUGAAUUACAGCAGUCCGUGAUAAGGUGGGUGGCGAGUUCCAGACAAUCCGCCGUCGAUCCACGAAUGCUUCAUCGUCUUUUGCAGGAACUUGACAAUCGAUGGCAUACUGAAACUCUGUCGCGCGACGCAGAACAAUGUCUGGCGGAUUCCUUCAAUGAUUUCUUGGAGGUGUCUUUAAAAAAGGUCAGACAACAUCGAGUCCUCUAUCCGCCUUUACAUAGACCGACUAUAUCGAAGCUGGAUUACUUGCUUAGAUGCUUGGGACUUCUAUCAAAUACAAAGGCUUUUCGAACUUGUUGCCCCUUUAAUAAGGAAAUCCGAGGAGAGAUCAUCACCGCUCUUAGAAAGGGAACUCUUGAGUGGUACGAAGAUACCAGACAACAAACGAUGUGUCACGAUCAGGAACCUGAUCAAGACAUCGACCGAGUUUUGCAAGAUUUCACGAACUUGGUAACCGCAUUAUUGGUCGAUCUGGAACAGGGACUUUUAUAUUAUAAUUGUCUCUUUGAAAGCACAAAUGGUGUGCCAUAUUUCUCUGCAGUUUAUAAGCAAUUGGAAAAGCUGCUGGCGGAACACGUGGCGAAACACAUGGAGAACACUUCCGAGAUGCAUAACGAGCUUGGUGCAAGAGUCACUACUGCUUGUCUACAACUGCAUCAAAAUAGAGACGAAGAAUAUGUUCUGCCACCCGGUGCCGAGAUAGGGACACCGAUAUUCGAGCUUUAUCUGGCACUCCAAGAUUUCGUAACCAUGAAGGACAAUUUACCGCAAUCGGACCAUAAAACUUUGGCGAUCUGCAAAUAUCACGAAUGGUUCAGACCAGCUAUCGACAAAUGGCUGGAUUUGGCGAAACUCAAGGCAAUUCAAAGAGUACGAAGAGCCGCGGAACUCGAUCGGAUCUGCACUGGGGAGUAUUUCGUUAAGCAUUGUACAUCGGCGAUCGACGCCACCGCGUGCUUUUAUCAGAUUAAAGAAUUCUGGAAGAAACUGGCGUGGCCGGAUCAGGUUGGAUCUUAUAACUUUGUGUUAAAAGUCGUUGACGCGAUAUGCAGUUCCGCGGCUUACUAUGCAGAGAUAACGCAUCAAAAGCUGGCGGAUAGCGGAUAUUAUGAAGAGCAUACACCGUAUAAGACCACAGAUGAGGUAAUCGCUCAGAUGUGCGUAGCUAUCAACGGUCUCGAAUAUGUGAGAAGAUGGCUGUUGACUUUGGGCGAAGAACUACGCGUGGAACAAAUCUUGACGGCUUUGGAAAAUCAAGCCGGUGAAUCUGCUCGAAUACAGUGGCGAAACGCUUUAAUAACACCGUUGGAGCAAACUCCUGGGCAAAUGUUGCUCUUCAUAAAUCAGAUAGUCUCGCGAAUCGGAACGAAGAUGAGACCACCUCUAAAGAAAGCGAUGUUUCACUUGGCUUGGUCUCCUGACAGUUUACCGACCACAGAGGCCAUAGCACCUCUUGUGGAAUAUUUAGAUGUUCACUUGGUGGCACUUAAUUCAGCUCUACUCGUCGCGAAUUUCAAUCGCAUUCUCCAAGAUGUUUGGGAGGUGAUUCUUAGUGAAUUGAGUAAUCAAAUGGAUGGAAAUGCCGAGGAUAAACCAGCAAUGUUUUAUGAAAGAUUGCACGAAGCGCUUGAUUUAUUAGUGAGAUUCUUUAACUCUGACGACAAAGGCUUGCCUCUGGAAUUGUUACGUCGUCAAAGUUUCAUGAACGCGGAAGAGCGUCUUCAGUAUCAUAAAAUGGACACGACCUUCUUGAUCGAUCGAUAUUAUCAGCAACGCCUUCUGGAUCAAUUAAACGUAGCUAGCUAUGAAUAUGGAGUUUUGACGGUGCGGGCUUAUCUGAAUCACGAUUCUCUUUGCGUCGAAGUGAUAAAUGCCAGAGACGUGAUACCAUUAGACCCGAAUGGAUUUAGCGAUCCUUUCGUGAUAAUCGAAUUGCUGCCACGACGCAUGUUCGAGCAUUGCGCCGAACAACAGACUAAUGUCAAAAAGAAAACUCUAAAUCCCAUGUUUGAUGAAUGUUUUGAAUUUUCGGUGAGCGUGGAGCAAUGUCGUGAUCUUAACGCAAUGGUUCUCUUCACGGUGAUGGAUCACGAUGUUCUCACGGCAAACGAUUUCGCUGGGGAAGCUUUCCUAGGACUCAAUACCAUUCCUGGCGUCGUCGACACGAACACCAGUAUAGACAACUUCCACGGCCUCAAGCAUCAAGAAUUACCACUUAUGCACCAGAAAAAUCGAAAUCAUCCGAUCCUUCAGAUACUGGAAACCCGAAUCGGCGACAAAAUGGCCCUCGACUUUGUGAAGAAGCAGAAACAACGAUUCGCCACCACUUAAGCGCAUUACGCGCUGAGAAAAGAAGAAAAGAAAAUAACGGCGAUGCAUCGCAAUCGCCAUCAAGACAUAUACUAAUCUUAUGAGUCAAUGGAAAAGGUCGAGGAAGAGAAGGAGAAGGAAAAAAUCCAUCCCUGCGGUAUAUCGUCGACUUUCACUGUCUCUCACGCACUUUACCUUUCUGCCUAUCUUUCUACUAGCCUUCAUCCCAAAGAUCUGUCAGAUCUAUUUCAAUGUAAAUCGUGUUGAAUAUAAUUGGUGUUGGUUAUAAAAAGAAAUAAAAAAAAAGAGAAAAAGAGAAUAAAAGAGAAUAAAAAGAAGAAUGUAAUGGAAGAAGAAUUAAGAAAAAUAUAUCAGAACUAUUUUUGUGUCGAAGGAAAGAUGUAGAGCAAGGCGAUGCAGCACGCGCGGAAACAGUAAAACACGUCGGUGUGACGUAACUAAGGAUAAAUAUUUAAAAGCUAUCUCGUCGAGCUCGAAACAGCACCGAAGCGACCGUAAAGUUCUUUAUUUUAUACAAGGAGGAUAUUUAUGUAUGUCACUCUCGCAAUUGCGAGCGUUUAGGAAUUUUCCGAGAGAAAGCACAAAUGCUGGAUAGCCUGAAAGAACAUAGCUUUUCUUUGCGGUUGCGCGACUUGACUUUCGUCUGUCGAGUAUCAAUUGCGAACAGAAAUUGAAGUUUCCAUGAUAAAAAUAUAAAUAUAUAUUGUAUGAUGGCUUUCCUCGAAUCGAAUUAUUUUCGCAAACAACCUCUAUAUAAAGAGAAAGUCAUCAAAAUUGCUCAUGGAAAUUUUUUUAAUUACGCAGAAUUGAUUCGCGACAAAUUUGAGAGGAAAAUAAAAAUCUUACUAUUUUCUCAAAUUAGAGCAGAUAUUUUUUAUAAAAAUCAUAAAAAUUUAUUAAAAUGCAUAAAUUGUUCUGUCUUCUGAACAAUGUACAACGAAUAAUAACAUUAAUUACUAAGAUAUUGACCAAUCAAAUUAUUGAACAGAAGUAAAAUAUAUUCUCAAUAAUAUACUCAACAUUAAAAGAACAUCGAGCUUUAAUCUCUUUCUCUCUAAAGAUAUUGUCACGAUAAAGGUUAUUUUUAAUGCAAGUUAAAAUAAAAUUGCUCUAAAAAAUUCUCUAAUUACGUGCUUUUCCUCUCCGAAAAGCAGCCGCGCCGCUUCGGCGUUGCUUCGACAACGGAUCGAGCACCGGAAGGUUGAUAAUACAAUAUUUUUCUUACUCGUCAUUGGCUAAAGCCUCUUUCUAUCUUUUCAUCACUUAAUUCUACACUUUCUAAAGAACUGUCAACGUGACUCUUUUUGCUGGACGUAUCACUUAUGUGACAAAAGCAAAAAUGCUUCUUUCAAAUGCUGUACUUUGCAAUCUUUUCGAAACAAAAAAAUGUGGUUCGGCAAAAACAAAUUUUAUUCUCAAACUUACUGCGAGUGAAAAUUGUAAGCAACUGUAUUUCUCGUUCAGAAAGCGUUCUCUGUAUCGUCUUCAACAUAAGAAUGUUUUUAUUGACUUUAUUUUGCUCAUAUGUAAUGUCUGUACGACUUUUCUACGCGACGCUGACGAAUUCUUCGUAACUAACAUCAACAUUUGGCUUUUAAUAAUUGGAUAAAAAAUAAGGAAGGUUAAAAACAGAAAUUAAUGUUAAAUUAAUGUUAAAUUUGUAUUGUGGUCCAAAUUUCAAUCGUAUUAGAUUGCCAUGAAGCGACGAAUUAUGAUCAAAAUAACAUACCCGUCUUGCCAAAUAUGCCAAGCAAGUUCAAUGAAAUUUAUUUGUUUAUAAUAAUUUAUAUAAACAAUUUAGAAUAAACAAGCAGAUAUAAUGCAUUAUAUCUAAGGGCGGUCGCGACUCUAUUUCAAUAAAAUUGACAAUGCAAACAAAUCAGAUUUGUAAAGAAUUGAAGAUAGAAGAAGGCAUGGAAAGGCAAACGGGAAAGGAUUCAAUCGAACGCACACAAGUCAAUUUUUUCUAAUCUAACGCACGUAUCACGCGCGCGCGAGCGCACAUUGUUACGUAUACAAAAGAAAAGAAAACGCCCUGCGUAACACACCUUUGUAUUUCGCACGCCUUGUAUAACAAAUGCGAAGAGAUAAAAGAUAAAAGAAAUGAUUAUGAAGAACAACCCUCGAAGAUUCGUCUGUCCGAUUUUCGAUAUAUUUCGUGCAUCGAAUCCAAUCGAACUCUACUAUAUUUGCUUUUUCAACCUUUUUCAACCACCAAAAAGUAUGUACGAUCUAUCUUGUAUCGUGAGACGAAUAAAUUAAUAUAAAUGUA